AUGGAUACUCCUGCAGUCGACGGUCAUGGCGAUCUGGAACGCGUGAGCCACUCAGGCGAUGGCGAGGUGUCCUCUCCCUCCUGCUCAGAGCGCGCCCGUGGUUUCUAUAAAGAAGAUCAGGACGAGCUCGACAGCUCGGACUACGAGGACAAUGCCGUUGAGGAAGAAUCGGAUGAAGAAGGCGUAAGGGGGGAAGGGGAUGGAAUAGAGGCGGAGGAAGACGACGACGAGCCGGGGUCGCAAGUCCCUAGCUCCGAAUUCGAUGGCGAAGAUUCAGAAGAAGAACUCGGCCUUUCCUCCGUUAUCGCAAAUCCCGAAGACGACUACUUACUGGAGGAAGAAAUCCGCGAUCCCUCCGUCAGAAAAGUCUCUUGGAAGAGCUUCGUACACCACCUGGCCCGACUGGGAUUCCCCGCCUCUUUUCUUCGCCGAGGCCCAUAUUCACCCCCUUGCGCAGAAGUCUACUUCCGCGUCUUGACAUCCUCCGAUGGCAAAAUACGUUCCAGGCGUCUCAUUGUAUGCGCAGGAUAUGAAUGGAGCCUGGAUCCCGACCCUCAAAACAUCGCUAUGCUGGCCAAGACCCUUCGAUACAGUGUCCCCUCAGAUGGAAAAACUCAGCAAGACCAGUCUUUGGAUGAUGAGACAAGCGAAGAGUCUAUCUGGGCGCUCUUUGCGCAGCGAUGUUGGCAGGCACGGCGCUCAUAUGAACUAGUCCACAAUUCUCCGCAGACGUUCCUUGGGAUAUUCAAGUCUCUCGUUGAACCUCAAGUUCGGCUGGAUACGAUGCAAGUAUGCGACUACCUCAACGCUCUCGCGGCUGCCGUGAUCAAUUCACACUAUGACGACGAUGAACAUGCUCCUCGAAGUUUGAUCAAGGAACAGACAUACACCGACGUCUACUGCAGCAUAUGCUGGCGCUUGAUAGAUCACCUUGACAAGCCUGGCAUUGUAUUCCCCGUUCUCUCCCUGCUUGAGGGAAUAGUCAACUACAUCUUUGAUGUCUAUGAGGGCGGCCACUCUCAGCCACAACUAUCCCGGCAAGUGAAGGCGGUCGCAGACAAGUUCUGGGAUAGACUUUGGGCGAACCGCGCGUACCUUCUCGACGACAAGAUCCUUCCCUUUCUAUUGUAUCGAUCGCCAAUAAUCAACGCAAGCGCCUUGCGAACCAUCGUACUUCGGUUCUAUGAGAGAUAUGGACCGGCCACGUUUAUUAACACGCCAUACUUGAUUGGAAAUCAUGGUUCAGAUGCAUACUUACCAUCUUGCCGCGUCAUUCUUCUCUGCUGGAUGCACCCAACGGUCGGCACAGACAAUUCGCCAGUAAUCCAUCACGUAGCCUUCAACUUGGCGUUGACACUUUUCCGCGACAAGCGCAGCAGACGCAGUGGUCUCACGGAAACUGACUUUUCGAGGUUCGUCAGCGAAGACAUCGUCGGAACCUACGGUGCAGAGGCAUUCAUGGUACGACUUGCUCAGUCUAUUCAAGAUGACGAAGCAAUCGAACAGCCAAAGGAGACGGCGACGCUGCUCAUCACUCUCACCGUUCUCAUCCGUCGACCCGAGUUCCGGCCAUAUUUUGUAUCUUCCGAAGUAUACGACGCCAUAUCUUCACUCUUCGAGUCUGCGGCGAUUCCUUCGCUCGAUAUCGAUGAUCAAUGGACGGUCUAUUGUGGCAUAGUGAGCACCUUGACAGCAAUGCUGCUACACGGGGCAGUCAGACAGGCCGCUAAACCUUUGCUCAAACACAACAUCUUCGGGAUCAUUGCGCGAGCUAGUGUAUAUUUUCUCAAGGCGCCGAGUAGCGACAUCGAACAUAAUGCUAUCAUGAACAACAUGCUCGUUGCUUACUGUCGCAUUGCCGGAGGUGCACGAGCUCGAGGGAACGAGCAUGACGUAGAGCUGCUCAAAAAGAUAACGCGUUCAGCCCAACCAGAAUGGUAUCCGACGAUACAUGCUCUUCGGCGUAUUCCUCUUCAAGAACCAUCUGCGAGAGCCAAAUACGAGCUCAUCCUCGAGGACUGGCUACAACUCGGAAGUGUCCUCGGGUUCAAGGAGGAUGUGGAGCGGAGGACUUACGAGAAGAAUUCAAAGAGAGCGGCCCAGCUUUGCGCGUGGAAGACAUGGUGCGCCGAAGCACGUUACUGUUCGCGAGAAUGCCAACGGAAAGACUGGAAAUUGGGUGGGCACAGGCAGCGGUGCAAACGUCUGAAGAGUGAACCUCAAGCUCGGAGAUGA